CCUUGCGACUAGUUACAAGAAAAUCACAUCAUAAAACCACUAUGAAGCUUCUCUGCAUUUUAAUAACGGUUGCUACUGUAAAUGUUUCGCCAAUAAUGACAUCGUUAUAUUCAGAUUCGGUUUACAUUACAAACAAAUGGAUCAAAGAGGCUGCUGAUAAACAACCUGCUGGAUUGGAAACUGCAAUUUCAAAUCUUAUUAACGGAGGUAUAUCGAUAGAUCCUGCUGGUCUGGAGACUGCAAAAGAGGCUUUUGAAAUAGAAUCUGCUGGACCGGAGACAGCAAUUUCAAAUAUUACUAACGGAGAUAGAUCGAUAGGGAUAUUUAAUUUGAUGUUGACGAUACCAGAAAAGAAAGAUUACAGGUGGAUUCAUCGUGAUGAUUCAUUUUUUGUCGACCUACCAGAACAUGUUGCCAUAGCUUAUCAGAAGGCAGUGCAGGAAGCAAUAUCCAAAGUUACAAAUAUCACUGUGCCUGAUCUUGCUCCGAACGAAUAUUUUGUGGAUAGGUACUUACCCAGGUAUGGAAAUGAAAGGAGAGCUAUAACAGGAAAAAUUACAAAAAAAUUACUUAUUGCUGCAAUAGGCGAUGGAGCACCACAUUUCCCCAACUUUCCCAAAAUAUGUCUUCUAAUAGCUUUGCUCCGAAGUAUGCGAGACCCAAAAGCAUAUAUACGAACCGUUGAUGUUGAUCCCUCUGGUAAUUCGUGUAUUUUAACAUCACGAAAUGGCAGCUUCAAAUACCAACCUCGACGUAAAUGCAAAAUAUUUAUUGCUGCAGUUACGCCAAAAGACCAUAUUUGGUCAAGGAAUAAAUUUGUGGACGUUUUGGAGGAGAUACAACUUUGGUUCUUAUAAAAUAUAUUAUCAACCUUAAUUUGCUUUUAAAUAAUUAUAUUGCACCACCUGUUGUUAUUUUACUCUAGUAAUAUUUAUUAGUUGCACUUGUAUCUUAGUUGUCAUUUAAUUCAAUGUAUUACAAAUUAUACAAUUUCUCUUAAUAACCUCUAUACUCAUGUAAAG